CUUAAUAUAUUUUUAUUAAUAAUCACCUAAACAAUUCAGUGGUAAUAGGACGAUGAGCAUGAUAUGGAAGUUGAUACUGCUACCUCUUCACUUCAAGCUUCUGCAAAACAUCCGUUGCCGGAGCUGGAAAUCUACUGCUACUUGCUGGUCUUGAUAUUUCUGAUUGAUCAAAAGAAGUACGAUGAGGCAAAAGCUUGCUCCUCUGCAAGCAUUGCUCGGCUGAAGAACGUGAAUAGGAGGACUGUUGAUAGACAACAACAAGAACAAGAACUAGCAAAGCACAUCGCAGAGGAGGAUGACGAUGAGUUCUGAACUUCUGAUUUAAUCACUUUCAAGAGGCAUCACUUAGACCUGCAUAAUGCCUUCAUCAAGAUGUGCAUUUCUCUUUCCUUGAAAUUCUGGGCAAAAAUGUUAUAAUUUUGAACUUGGCUUGCCAUAGAUAUUUAUGUUGUU